AUGCAAAGAAGAUUUGAAAAAAUAGUGAUCAUCCAUCCGCCAAUGAAUCUCAAAUUAGUGUACCAAACUCCAAGGUUGCGUAGUCCUAAUAGGACUCUCGUAUUUAUGACUUCCAUUCUCCGGCGCCACCUUCACAAGUUCGCUGGUUCUAUUAUUGGCAUCCCAAGAGCCCCACCAGAUAGAAUAUUGGGCCUGACUGAACAAUACAAGACAGAUCCCAAUCCCCAGAAGACUAACCUUACUGUGGGUAUCUAUAAGGAUAACUUUGGCGAGGUUAAAACUUUCCCGAGCGUCGCCAAAGCGCAAGCAAUUCUGGACGAGCAUAUCGAAUUGAAUAUAGAUCUUUCAUACUUGCCUAUCAAUGGUUGUCCUGCAUUCCAAGAAAAUGUGCUAAAGUUUCUUUAUCGAGAAAGCUGUCCUGCGGGUGGAGAGUUGCUGGACAAAGAGCUGGUCAGCUUUGUUCAGACGCUGUCAGGUACAGGCGCUUUGGCUGUGACGUCCAAGUUCCUCUCAUCAUUUAUAUCACGCUCAGUUUGGAUCCCAAAUCCAUCUUGGGCCAACCACUCCAACGUCUUCUGGAAUAACGGCUUCAAAGAAAUCAAUUGUUACACAUACUACAGGGAUGGAGAACUGGACGUUGAUGGCUGGCUUCUGGACUUGGAAAGAAAAUCUGGUGCGGGGCGUACGGACGCUCCUCAAUGCAUAGUGCUGCAUGCGUGCUGUCACAACCCCACAGGUGUCGACCCAACUCCAGAGCAAUGGGUUCGAAUCAUGGAUAAAGUCCAUGAACUGCAACUUAUUCCUAUUAUUGACAUGGCCUACCAGGGCCUUGACACUGGUGAUUUGUUCCAAGAUGCUCACCUGUUGAGACUGUGCUUGGACAGCAACAGGUAUCGUUGGAAUAACGGACUUUUUCUCUGCCAGUCUUUUGCCAAAAAUAUGGGACUAUACGGAGAGCGAGUAGGAUCUUUGUCUGUGGUCACUCCCCACAGUGUUGACGUUAAGCGCAACAUAGAUUCUCAGCUGAAGAAAAUUGUCAGAGGUAUGUACUCGUCCCCCCCAGGAUACGGCUCAAGGAUUGCUAAUUUGGUUUUAUCGUCUUCACAUCUGAAAGAGCUUUGGGUUGAAGAUGUUAAAAAUAUGGCCGGCCGCCUGCAAUCGGUGAAAUCCAGAUUGGCAGCUCAGCUUGAGUGGGCGUCGCUAAGGGACCCCUCACGACAGCAUGGCAUGUUUCUAUAUACAGGACUGAAUAGAUCCUGUGUUGACAUCUUGAGAGAAAAGUACUCGAUUUAUCUACUGCAAGACGGACGUCUCUCGUUAAGUGGACUGAAUGACUCAAAUAUAGACUACGUCUGUGAAGCGUUGCGCAACGUUUCCCAUCACCUAAACGAAAAAGAAGCAUGA